AUGCAUCCGUCGCAGUGUUCGGUUUGCGGCUCUAUUGAUAACGAUCCUAUCUGUCUUGUGAAGGUUGCAACGGACGAUGUGCUCUGGUGGCCUGAACCACUGAGUCAUACAGUAGAAGUGAUUGAUGCUGCAAUAAGCAUGUACGGCCGAAUAUAUCCAUUGGUUCCUAUCAAACACCGGCUACAAAUGGCUGAACAUUUUGCGGAGUGUAUUCGCGGAACCAAAAAUGCUGCAAGGCAGCAAGCGAUACAAAAAAAUAUCUUCGGCUGUUUGCUUGUAUCAUUCAGAGCGGUUUUCGAACAAAAAGGUAUGCGUUUGGAAGGUGAAGCACUUCAAAAAGCAAGCAUCAGUCUGAUCAUCCCAUCGCUUUCCCAUGCAAAUCCGUUGAUAAGGUGUGCGGCUGCGGAAGCGCUGGGUCGUUUGGCUCAAGCUGUUGGAGAUGCACAGUUUGUGGCAAGCAUGGCGCAGUAUAGUUUUGAUAAAUUGAAAAGCUGUCGUGAUGCGAACAACAGAACAGGACAUGCGUUGGCCCUUGGCUCAUUGCAUCGUUAUGUUGGCUCAUUGGGCAGCGGUCAACACCUCAACACCAGUGUUUCGAUCCUCUUGGCGCUGGCGCAGGAUGCUACAUCACCGCUUGCUCAGACGUGGUCCCUUGUGGCGCUGAGUUUGAUCGCGGAUACCGGUGGCGGAAUGUUUCGAGGUUACGUUGAGCCGAGCCUAAGUUUAUGCUUAAAGCUGCUACUCCAUACACCUUCUGCAAAUGUGGAUGUACUGCAGUGUGUUGGCAAGCUGGCACGUCUUAUCGUUUAUCACUGUGCUCACAGUUUCUCAUUUCUUUUGUAUCUAUGCAGUGAUUCUUCCAAAUAUUUCGAACAAAUGCUUCUUAUCGACAGCCUUACAGCUGCAUUGUUGGAAGAAGCGCGUCAGUGCACUAAUUUUGUUACACAUUUUGAAGUCUCAGCUCUGAUCAACACAAUGGGCCCGGAGCUGCAGCUUGUUGGCGCCGUUGAAGGUACAAGGACAUCGUUCCUUAUCGCGAGUGUUAUGAUGUUGAACAGCAGUGAUCCACUGGUGCAAGCGGAGGCAGUAUUGUGCUUGCAGCAGCUUCAUUUAUUCGCUCCGCGACACGUUCAUCUCGAUCGGCUCGUUCUUAGACUCUGUGUUAGUGUUGCUUUCAGCUCCUCUCUAUCGCCACUGAUAAACGGUUGA